AUGUCUGUAUUGUCAGGCCGCUCCAGCUACCUACACGGUCAACCCCGGAUCAUCAUCCAUGAUGAGCCCUCUCGACCUGCCGCCGCUAGCCUGCCAAAGCUCCGCCCACCACGCCGUGCAAGUCUACACCGCGCGCCUCAGGAGGUCAUCGAUGAUUUCUGGGCCGAGUUCCAGUCCAAAAGGCCUGGCAAACCUACUUCCAUCGUUCCCCAAAAUGCCUACGCCGACAAAGCAGCACGCCGUAUAGCCGCCCAAUCCAACAAUGGCAGCCAGUCUACUACCGCUUCCUACGCUGAGGCCGCUGCCCAGUGCCGUGCAAAAGUUGCACACAUCGUCAAGGAGUGUCGCCGCAUCAAUCAAAAAUACCGCGACCCACACUUUGACCUGGAACUUGAUAUUCAACUAGAUCGCCGAGACUGUCUAGAAAGUCUGUCAAAUGUCUGCACCAUCAACUAUGGUCCUCCACCUAGCCGCAGCCGUGGGCGUCGCACACCAAGUGUCCCUCUUCAGCCAGCCUACAUUGCGCCCAACUUCAAUCCUCAGGCUGUAAAGCGUGUCCCUGACAUUUUUGACCAUCCCGAAUUCUUCAUCGACGGCCCAACAGCCAACGACGUACGUCAAGGGCGCGACGGAGAUUGCUGGCUCAUGGCAGCUCUCUGUACACUGAGCAACAAGCCGGGGUUGAUUGAGCGUGUAUGCGUAGCACACGAUGCUGCUGUUGGCGUGUAUGGGUUCGUUUUCCAUCGCGACGGCGAGUGGUUCAGCGAGAUCAUUGAUGACAAGCUAUACUUGACUAAACCGAAUUACGAUGAAAGCCGAUCAGAGCGUAAUAUGUUAGAGGACCGUGUACGCGUCAACUCGGAGGAGGCGUACCGCAAGAUCUACCAGUCUAACAGUGGUGCGCUCUACUUUGCGCAGUGCGAGAACCCAAACGAAACGUGGCUUCCUUUGCUUGAAAAGGCAUACGCUAAGGCCCACGGCGACUACGCCUCCAUCGAGGGAGGCUUCACGGGUGAGGGCAUCGAAGAUCUUACCGGGGGCGUCACCUCAGAACUUUACACAAGUGACAUCCUAGACAAGGAACAUUUUUGGAAUGAAGAGCUCCUGAAGGUCAACGACACAUUCCUGUUUAGCUGCAGUACAGGUGUUUGGGGUAAGGGGCGAGGUGACCGCGGCGGCAUCGUAGAACAACACGCGUACUCCGUUAUGCGUGCGAUUGAAAUGGACGGUGUGCGCCUGGUUCUCCUCAAAAACCCAUGGGGCCGUCAUGAGUGGAGAGGUGCAUGGAGCGAUGGUUCCAAGGAGUGGACAGCCGACUGGAUCCAGAAGCUCAAGCAUCGUUUCGGUGACGACGGCUCCUUCUGGAUCUCAUAUGAGGACCUCCUGCGGAAAUACCAGGCCUUUGAUCGCACACGGCUAUUUGGCGAUGACUGGAGCACGGCGAGUAUAUGGACGACCAUGACCGUACCCUGGACACUCGAAUACAACGAUACCAAAUUUACCUUUGCACUUGCUCGCCCAGGCCCCGUUGUCCUUGUGCUCAGCCAGCUUGACGAACGUUACUUUCGAGGGCUUGAGGGCCAGUAUUCAUUCAGCCUGAGCUUUCGUCUUCAUAAAGUCGACAAUGAUAACGAAGCACAAACAAACGAAGCAGACGAUGCAUUCGACUACAUUGUCCGUAGCCAGCCAGGUUACCGCAUGUCACGCUCGGUCAGCGUUGAGGUUGACCUGGACGCUGGGAGCUACCUUGUUCUCGUUAAAAUCGACGCCCGACGCGACGAUCAAAUCUUACCCGCCGAGGAUGUUAUCCGCGACAACGUGCUCUUGCGCCGUGAAAAGCUUAUCCGCAUCGGCCUUGCGUACGACCUUGCGCAUAGCAAGGGGCGUAUCGUAGAGACGUCCUCUGAGAAAAAGGCACGCCGAGCCGCUGCUGCGAAGCGAAAAGCACGGCAGAAGGAGCGUCUCAGGAAAGAUAUUAUGGAAGAGCGUGCUCUAGACUAUCUAGCAGCAAAGAUUCGCCUCAAGAAGCAAAGAAGGGGGAUGGCCAAAGCCAACGCAAAGCGCAAAGAUCGGGAUGUGAAACGUCGAGCGCACAUGAAGGAGGAGGAACGAUCAGCCGAGGAGCUUACUCGGGGAGAACCCGCAGCACGAGAGACAACCGGAUCUGACCGGCACGAUGUGGACGUAGUGAGCGUGAAAGACAAAAUGUCUCGGCAAAAUCAAAAAGAUGACGAAGCGAGGGAGGGGGUGCCAAUGACUGAAGUGCCGGUGGUGGGUAUAUUAGCAGGCGCCUCGGCCACCGUCCCUGCAGGCAGCCCAACAAACAAUCCAACCCAUGCCAUAACCAGCAGCAGCCACAAUGAGAGCGUUGGUGACCUCACCAGUGAAGUUGUUCCAGCCUUGACCGGACUAAACCUGUCCCCCACCAGCACCGUCGGUACCGCCAGGAACGAUAACACUCCUAAACCGGAACUUAACGAGGCUGAUUCUCCACGCUCUAUGAAGGGAGGUGUUGAAAGAAGUGGGCUGUUGCAAUCCAACCGACAAGACAUUAACCACCCAUCGACCACUUACACGCGGCCGUUCUUGGAGGGAGAGCACUGGGAAAGUGGCAACAGCGGCCGUCACGGGACACGUUCCCCAUCCCAUGGCUCUCGUAGUGCUCGGGAUGACAACCAAGAGCGGAAUGUCUCAAGCCGCGAUGGCGAUCGUGUUGACAGUCGACAACGUCACGGGCGUGCCUCGCGGCCAAUGUCUCCUAUAUACGCACCGAUAUCCCGUGGCCGCUCUGUUUCGAGAUACCCAUCGCCACCAGUAUUCGGUCUCCGCUACUCUAGAACACCACCGCUGAUUCCCGGUCAACCUCACCUGGUCCGCGGAGAUGAUGACAUCCAUCCCCGGAGUCAUCGCCAUCCUCCCCAUCACCCAUUUCACCUCAACGAUAGGUCGGGCAAUGACGAGUCUGGCCUUUCUAGCCCGUCCAGCCCCUCCGACAUCAGCGAUAGCGAGUUGGAGUUCAUAUAUAUGGAGCAGAAUCAUCGCGCCGUGAGAAACGGAGGCGAUCGUCCUGGUACAAGACCAGAACCUGGCAGGCACCGAGAAUUGAGGUCCCCGUCCCCGGUGCCUGUUAUUUACGGCCGCCGUGGGAGCAAUGACAGUCCUCGCGGUGACUACGGGGCGGGCGAUCCCUGGAAUGCCGUCGCCGUCGUUGGAUUGCGUGUCUACUACCAGGGGGUUGAUGGUGAUAGGGAGAGAAGCGACAACAUCAUACGACUUGGUGUGGAACGAGCACAUCCGUUUUCCUCGACCCGCAACCAUGGCACGGGCGGUAGGACACGUAGCGACGCUUCGUUCUCGGGCGCUUCGGACGAUGAUAAUAGCAGCGUUGUUGACGACAGUGCGGGUGAGUGUGGUAGUAACCUGAGUGGGGGUGAAAAUAUAUCCCUCACCGAGGAGAAGAUUCUUGAUAUAGACGAUAGCCUGAAGGAUGCGACCCUCCCGGUCACUUCUAUAAAGCCUAAAAGGCCCUUGGGUGAUAAAAGAAGGCGGUAG